AUGGCUCAUCUUCUUGGAAGUAAAGCAUGUAUUGAUAGUUUACGUGUUGAUAUUGAUGAUUUACAAAAUGUUAUUCAUGAUAUUGUUGGAAAAACAGGUUCAAUUAAAUGUCAUUCAUGGAAAUUUCCGGAUAAAAUUGCGACAGAUAUCGAUAUGAAAGAACUUCUUCAACGAUAUCAAUAUGGAAAAAAUGAAGUUGAUAAUCAAGUUUCUCAUAUUGUUCUAUUUGAAAUUAUUAUUGAUCGACUUCUUCUUGUUUUACAUGGAUCAUGGCGUUAUUUACAUGAAAUUCAAACUAAUCUUUUACCGAAUUCCAUCGAUUUAGCAUCAACUGCUAAUCAACAAUCAAGUCUUAGUGUUGGUUUAGUUGUUAAAAAAUAUUGGAAUAAAUUAUUACAUUUAUCUACCGUGCUCCAACAGCACGAGAACGAACGCAAACGACCAAUUCAAAAUGGAAAUAAAACUGCUCCAUUACCACGUUCAAAAACAAAUUUAAAUACUGAAAAACGUUCACAAACAAAUGAAACAUCUCUCGGUCCAUGUCAGUCAUGUUUAAAACUUCAACAAUGUCUUCGUGAUCAUGGUGAUAGUUUAAUAAAUUUAUGUCAUACAUAUAAUUUACCAUCAUCACUUGCUCAACAUCGCUGUUCAACAACAGAAGUAUUAUCAUCAGAUGAUAUUAAUCAUUGGUCAGAUUGUCAAACAAAAGAUAUUGAUCGUUUAUCCAAACAUCUUCAAUAUUUAAAUAAUACAUUGAAUAAAACAAAAAGUGAUUUACAAUUAAAUGAAAAUCGUUGUAAAAAACAAGAUGAAACAAAUCAACGUUUACAACAAUUAAUAAAUGAUGAUAGACAAUCGAAAAAAGUUUUACAAGAAUUACAUGAUAAAAAAGUAAAUGAUUUAAAAAAAGAUUCAGAACAACAGGAACAAACACUUAGUGAACAAAUUAAAUCAUUAACAAAUCAAAAAAUUAAAAUUGAAGAACAAUUAAAAGAAGUUAAUAAUUUAUGUGCAUCUAGAGGAGAACAAAUUGAAAAACUAGAAUCAUCCAAAAAUGAAUUAAGAAGUCUUAUUCAAGACCGUUUUAAAUCUGAUGAUGUUAUUAAAACAUUGGAACAAGAUCGUAUACGCUUACAAACCGAACUUGAUUUAGUUAAACGUGAUCUUGAAGAACGUAAUCGUGAUUUACAAAAAGAACGAACACGUAUUGAAAAUAUGAUUCGACAAGAACAAAAUUAUCAAUCGAAACAAAAAGCACUUACGACAUCAUAUGAAGAAUUAACACAAGAAUGUGAAUUACUCAAAAAACAAGUCACUGAACUAGAAAUAUCUCGUGAUGAAGUUGAAAAGAAUCUUGAAACAGUUCAAAAACAAAAUCGAUCAUCUGCAGAUACACAUAAAGUUCAGUCACUUAUGGAAACUAAUAAUCAUUUAUUACAAGAAAUUAGUAUACUGAAAUCAAAUCUUGAACAAUUAGAUCAACAACUUCAACAAAUGGAAGAACGUGAACAAAUGUUAUUACAAUAUCCAGAUCUUAAUGGACCUAUCGAUCAUGGAUCAACAACAAAUAAUAUAGUAAUUGAUAUGCAAAAUCAAAUGCGUACAAAUGAAAUUCGUGUUGAUUUAUUACGAAAACAGAAUGAAUCAUUAAAAAGUUCAUUAGAAAAACUGUUAUCUAUGCACAGUAAUAAUAAUAAUACUCCAUCAUUGAUAACAGAAGAACGUUAUGAAGAAUUAAGAAGUCAAUCAAGACAAGAACAACCACAUCGAAAAUACUCAUAUGAAAAUGAAAUUGCCGCACCGAAAGCAAAGCCAACUCCAUUAUGGUUACUAAAUAAUGAACUUCCUGAACAACAACAAGCUUUUACAGAAACAAGAUCUGUUACAACUGCCACUUACAUUCCACGCUUUAGUGAAAAUGAUUAUGUAGCAAAUGGAUGGAUUAAAUCUGAUCCAGAUGUUAUUCUAAUACCACAACCGAAUGUCAAUAUUGAUAUUUCACCCAAAUCACAUGAUCGAUCAUGGACUACAAGUUCUACUCGUACUCAAACAACAGAUUUAAUUAUCACAUCAGAAUCACGUCCACCAACUGUUGCACAUUCUUCUCGAAGCUCCCAUAAUGGUCGAACAUCAACUAUUCCUCCAGCAUCCGAUUAUGAAAUGAUAAUUGGCAAAGGUCGAACAACAAAUCGUCCAACAUCUGCAACUAAAAAUCGUUUUUCUGCAAACGACAGCGCUCGUCGAGAUACUUCAUUACCCAAAAGUUCACGAACUACAGCACCUGCUACGACAAAAAGAUCUGCAACAAGUACUGCUAUACAUCAAUGUGCAACUUGUAAUAAAUCAUAUGAUGACAAACGAAAUUAUGAUAUACAUAAAUUAUAUUGUAGGACUUAA